CUUACAGUAGCAGAAGCUUGGUUUUCAGUGGUAAAACUCGUGGAAAAGCGCUGAACAGUUUAUGCACUAAAACAGGCUAAAACAAGCUACAUUGCUCCUGUGGAACCUACGAACGGAAGAGUCGGUUUUCAACGGACUUUUGAGGGUGUAACACAGGGUGCAACUGUGAAAACAAACUGUAGUUGAAUAUACUGUAACAUACAGACUGUGUGUGUAUAACUAUGUGGUAAACUUAUUAUUAUUAUGAAAUAAUUUAAACACGACUCGAAGCAGGUAGAUGUAAAUAGGUGUUAGCAUUAGCUAGCUAGCUGAGGGCGCACAGCCUGUGAAAACUCCCCAGGAAAGAUAAACGUUUCUCACCUUGGCUUUUGCUCUCAGUCCCACUGACUGUCCAAAGCUCGGAGCAGAGGCAGCAGCUUUGCGAAGCUGGUCAGAAAAUACCAGGAAAACAAACUAACCGUAACCCUAACGCACUGGAUUCAAGGAUUCUUGGUUUAAAGCUCGUCUGUAGCCAGAGGGGGGGAAGAUGAGCGGCCAUAAAUUCCUGUUCUCCGGGUUGAGGUGGUGGAUUUCAGGAAGAAGUAGAUGGAUGAGUAAACUUCAUGAUGGCCUGAGAGAACAGAGGAUCGCUUCUCUUCACUCGUGCAGCCCAAAAGUGUGUAUUGUUGGAGGCGGUCCGGCAGGUUUCUACACGGCACAACACCUGAUCAAGGCGCGUCAGGAUGUCGAGGUGGACAUUUAUGAGCGGCUGCCCGUCCCCUUCGGCCUGGUCAGGUUCGGGGUGGCCCCUGAUCAUCCUGAAGUCAAGAACGUCAUCAACACUUUCACACAGACAGCCAAACAUACACGCUGCAGUUUCUAUGGUAAUGUGAAUGUGGGGAAGGAUGUGAGCGUUGAGGAGCUGCAGCGAGCCUACCAUGCAGUCGUACUGAGUUACGGGGCAGAGGGAAACAGGAGUAUUGGAGUGCCAGGAGAAGAACUGACCGGCGUGUACUCUGCCAAAGACUUUGUGGGCUGGUACAACGGGCUGCCAAGCUGUCGAGAGUUGAGUCCAGACCUGAGUUGUGAAACAGCGGUUAUCCUGGGACAAGGCAACGUGGCCUUGGAUGUUGCAAGAGUCCUGCUGUCUCCCCUUGACAUUUUAAAGAAGACUGACAUCACCCAGCCGGCUCUGGAGGCUCUGACAGGGAGCCAGGUCCGCAGGGUGCUGAUCGUGGGCAGGAGAGGACCCAUGCAGGUCGCUUGCACAAUCAAGGAGCUCAGAGAAAUGGUGAACCUGCCGGACACCAGACCUGAGAUGGUGGUGUCUGAUUUUGAAGGCGUCACAGAGGCUCUUAAAAGGUACGAGAUAACAGUUAGCUGAUCAAAACCUGAGGAUUUGGUGUUAUAAAUUUUGA